AUGGUGUCAAUAGCCAGCUUUGACAUCGAGGAGUGGGAUGUAUGUGUCACAUCUUAUGAAAUGCUUAUUAAAGAGAAGUCUGUGUUCAAAAAAUUUAACUGGAGAUACUUAGUUAUAGAUGAAGCUCACAGGAUAAAAAAUGAAAAAUCUAAGUUGUCAGAAAUAGUGAGAGAAUUCAAGACUACAAACCGACUGUUGCUGACAGGGACGCCUCUUCAGAACAACCUGCACGAGCUCUGGUCCCUGCUAAACUUUUUGUUACCAGAUGUGUUUAAUUCAGCUGAUGACUUUGAUUCCUGGUUUGAUACAAAUAAUUGCCUUGGGGAUAAAAAACUAGUUGAGAGGCUUCAUAUGGUUUUGCGUCCAUUCCUUCUUCGUCGAAUUAAAGCUGAUGUUGAAAAGAGUUUGCCUCCAAAGAAAGAAGUAAAAAUCUAUGUGGGUCUUAGCAAAAUGCAAAGGGAAUGGUAUACUCGGAUAUUAAUGAAAGACAUAGACAUACUGAACUCAGCAGGGAAGAUGGACAAGAUGAGACUGUUGAACAUCUUGAUGCAGCUGAGGAAGUGCUGUAACCACCCUUAUCUCUUUGACGGGGCUGAGCCUGGGCCUCCCUACACCACAGAUAUGCAUCUGGUUACCAACAGCGGCAAGAUGGUGGUGUUGGACAAACUGCUCCCUAAAUUAAAAGAACAAGGUUCAAGAGUACUAAUCUUUAGUCAGAUGACAAGGGUAUUAGACAUUUUGGAAGAUUAUUGCAUGUGGAGAAAUUAUGAGUACUGCAGGUUGGAUGGACAGACACCCCAUGAUGAGAGACAAGACUCCAUUAAUGCAUACAAUGAACCAAAUAGCACCAAGUUUGUAUUUAUGCUAAGCACACGUGCUGGUGGUCUGGGCAUCAACCUUGCAACUGCUGAUGUAGUAAUUUUAUAUGAUUCAGAUUGGAAUCCUCAAGUUGAUCUUCAGGCUAUGGACCGAGCACAUAGAAUUGGACAAACGAAGACUGUUCGAGUGUUCCGCUUUAUAACUGAUAACACUGUGGAAGAAAGAAUAGUAGAACGUGCCGAGAUGAAGCUCAGACUGGAUUCCAUCGUAAUUCAACAAGGGAGGCUUGUAGAUCAGAACCUGAACAAAAUUGGGAAAGAUGAAAUGCUUCAAAUGAUUCGACAUGGUGCCACACAUGUGUUUGCUUCAAAAGAAAGUGAAAUCACUGAUGAGGAUAUUGAUGGUAUUUUGGAAAGAGGUGCAAAGAAGACUGCAGAAAUGAAUGAAAAGCUCUCCAAGAUGGGUGAAAGCUCACUUAGAAACUUUACGAUGGAUACAGAGUCCAGUGUUUAUAACUUUGAAGGAGAAGACUAUAGAGAAAAACAAAAGAUUGCAUUCACAGAGUGGAUUGAACCACCUAAGAGAGAAAGAAAAGCCAACUAUGCUGCAGAUGCGUACUUCAGGGAAGCUCUGCGUGUCAGUGAGCCUAAAGCACCCAAGGCGCCUCGACCUCCAAAACAACCAAAUGUUCAGGAUUUCCAGUUCUUUCCUCCACGUUUAUUUGAAUUACUGGAAAAAGAAAUUCUAUAUUACAGGAAAACUAUCGGUUACAAGGUACCUCGGAGUCCUGAUCUACCCAAUGCAGCACAGGCACAGAAGGAAGAGCAGCUUAAAAUCGACGAAGCAGGGCCCCUUAAUGACGAGGAGUUAGAGGAAAAAGAGAAGCUUCUGACUCAGGGGUUCACUAAUUGGAAUAAGAGAGAUUUUAACCAGUUUAUCAAGGCUAAUGAAAAGUGGGGUCGCAAUGAUAUUGAGAACAUAGCCAGAGAAGUAGAAGGGAAAACUCCAGAAGAAGUCAUUGAGUACUCAGCUGUGUUCUGGGAAAGAUGCAAUGAGCUCCAGGACAUAGAGAAGAUUAUGGCUCAGAUUGAAAGGGGAGAGGCAAGGAUUCAAAGAAGAAUAAGUAUCAAGAAAGCACUAGAUACAAAGAUUGGACGGUACAAAGCACCCUUUCACCAACUAAGAAUAUCGUAUGGUACUAACAAAGGGAAAAACUACACGGAAGAAGAGAACCGCUUUCUCAUUUGUAUGCUUCACAAGCUUGGCUUCGACAAGGAAAAUGUUUAUGAUGAGUUACGACAAUGCAUCCGAAACUCCCCUCAGUUCAGAUUUGAUUGGUUUCUCAAGUCCAGAACUGCGAUGGCGCUCCAGAGGAGGUGUAAUACCUUAAUUACUUUGAUUGAAAGGGAAAAUAUGGAACUAGAAGAAAAGGAGAAGGCAGAGAAAAAGAAAAGAGGACCAAAGCCUUCCACACAGAAACGUAAGAUGGAUGGUGCCCCUGAUGGCCAAGGAAGAAAAAAGAAGCUGAAACUAUGAAUGCGUUUUGUCUUAUAAUCACUAACUAGUAGUUCUUUAAUUUACGGGUCUUCAUAAGAUGUUCUGUACAGUGCUCAACUGUUACUGUCAUUCAGAGACAUGAGGUCAUCUGCUUACUGAGCUAGAAACAUAGUAUGUAGUUUCCCUUUUUUAAAUGCAACAGCUGUGCUGAAAUUUUUUUUAUCAUUAACAAUUGAAGUAAUAAAACAGGCUUCAUUUAUUAAUUAAAAAAAAA